AUGUCUUUUGACGGAGAAUUGGCAACCUUACGACGACAAGUGGAAAAAUUUCAAAACCUUAAUGCUUCAGCUCGUGAACAACUUGAACGCGUCAGCAAAGAAAACUCUACAUUAACGGAUGAUAAUAAUUUUCUCCGCAAAAAGAAUUAUUCUCUUCAACAAGAAAUUGCAAAUCAUCACAAUGAAUACGCACGAAUUGAAUCUGAACUUUAUCAGCAAGGACAGGAAGUGGAAGGACUAAAAAAAAAAAAUGAUGACGUUUUGAAAAACACGCAAGAAAUAGAACAAAACUUGAGGAAAGAGACUCAAGCUUUUGAAAAAGAUCAAGCUGAAUGGCAAAUGCGUGAAUCAGAAUUAGUUGGUCAAAUUAAAUCUCUCCAAGAAACCCUUAAUGCUCUUUCGCAACAAAAUGAAUUUUCAAAAAGGAAAAGCGGAAACACAAGUUCUAAUGAUGAAGACAGUCCUCCUCCAUCACCUUCAUCACCUACAUCACCUACAGUUGGAUCUCCGACUUCGUAUCAUACCGCUGUCCGUGAAGUCAAGAUUGCUAAAAGAACAAUUAAAGAACUUGAAAGACGUGUUAAUGAUCUGGUGACUGAAAUGGGAAACGUUGACAGUUUACAUACCAAUUCAAUGGCUACAAACAAAAACCAUAUCGCCAAGAUUCAUCAUUUAGAAAAUGAGCUUGAUCAAGUUAAGCACAUGAAUCAGACAUUAAUGGAAGACAGUGAAAGGUAUCAAUUACUGUUACAUGAAAAGACCAUGAGGGGUGAAUUUGUGCUAACUCAUGUCAUGCAGACAAAUCUCACAAACCAAAAUAGUAAAUCAACUCAAGACAAUGCAUCCGCCAACACAAAAUUCAUUUCUGUAGAUUUGGAAGCCGAAUUACAUCGUGCUAUGAAUGAAGUGAAUGACGGGAAUGACCACACAAUUAUUGAAAAAUUACAAGAUGAAAUAAAAUUGCUCAAAGAUUCCAACAAGUCAUUGUCCCUUUAUAUUCAAAAGAUUCUCAAUCGUAUCAUGGAAGCUAAAGGUUUUGAAGAAAUUUUAGCCAAGGACUGGUCAGCAAAACAAGAAACUCCACUUACUUUACCAAAAAGUUCUUUAAUUUUGCUUUAG